ACUUGAGGUCCUCAUCGAUAGAAACUCCUAAAUCUCUCUCUCCGUUUGCCUCAUCCAAUUUAACAUCGCUGAAUGUGUCGAGAGACCUACCGUUGUUUUGACCGAUGUGGAGAACUUUGCACUUACUUUUAUUAAAGUGAGUGGGAUAAUGCAUAGCGAAUAGGUCUGACAGUUGAGUAUAAUUCUUAUUAUAAGUACACAAACAUGUUAAGAAGGGACAUGAGAACCCAGAAACUUGGGAUGAAUGCUAGUAUUGUGACAACCCUUAGGUAGCAUAGGUCUAGUGUUAGAUGUAACUUUGCUGUGUUCAUGUUCAGGUAGGCCAAUGAAAAAUGAGUCAGGAAGGGGAGGAAAUGACUCAUGUGAAACAGGAGUGGAGGAAGCCCCAGAAGAAAUACUACAGGCAACGGGCUCACAGCAACCCAAUUGCAGAUCAUUGCUUCUCCUACCCUGUAUCUCCAGACAGAAUGGACUGGAGCUCCUUGUACCCUGACCAUUUUUCUACUGGUGGCAAUUCCAAGACCAACUUGCAAGUGGAAAUUCUUGAUGUUGGCUGUGGUUAUGGGGGCCUCCUUGUUGCUUUGUCCCCUCUGUUUCCAUCUUCUCUCAUCCUUGGCAUGGAGAUUCGAGUCAAAGUCUCAGAUUUUGUCACUGACCGUAUCCAAAGUCUAAGGAAGGAUGAGCCAGGCCAUUUCACCAAUGUGGCUUGCAUUCGUUCCAAUGCCAUGAAAUAUCUUCCCAACUUCUUCAACAAAGGCCAGCUGAAGAAAAUGUUUUUCCUCUUCCCUGAUCCACAUUUCAAGAAGGCAAAGCAUAAAUGGAGAAUUAUUAGCCCUCAACUAUUGGCUGAAUAUGCAUAUGUCUUGUCUAUUGGUGGUAGGCUGUACACUCUAACUGAUGUGGAGGACCUUUAUAACUGGAUGGUAGAACAUCUAGAAGGACAUCCACUCUUCUCUCGAGUCCAAGAAGACACCCUUAAAGAAGACCCAGUGUUGGAGAAGAUCUGGGAAUCUAGUGAAGAAGGUCAGAAGGUAACUCGAAACCAAGGGAAGAAGUAUUUUGCUGUCUUUGAGCGGUCUGCUCCUCCUGUUCUUGAAAAGGGAUGAAUAAAUUUUAGUCAUUUUCA